CAUGUGAAGAGUUUGAAAUUACAGUUGAGGUGGGCUACUCCUCGUUUCCUUUGACAGAAACCACACGUUGCGUGAUGCAGUGUGGGCGUCCUCAGAGGUAGCUACCUAAGUUUGCAUACUUCCUGACUGACAGAGCACUCCUGCCGGUGCCUCGGGGCCAGGGUGGUGCAUGUCACUGGGAGGAGUAACCAAGUUUCACUUCCUCGCUGCUUGGAGACUCACAGCCGCAGCAGGCUUCUCUCACUGAGGAACGAGAGAGGGUAAAGAGCAGCAGAGCCCAUCUCUCUCUGCCUCUUCCCCACAGCACCUGGCAGGGGCUUUCUGAGAAGAGCGCGAAUGGGCAGAACAGAACCUCUAGAAGAAAAGAUGACGGCCCAGGAUCCCUCAGAUCUGUGGAGCAGAUCGGACGGAGACGCUGAGCUGCUCCAAGACUUGGGAUGGUAUCAUGGCAAUCUCACCCGCCAUGCAGCAGAAGCUCUUCUUCUCUCAAACGGAUCUGAUGGAAGCUACCUUCUAAGGGACAGUAACGAGAGGACCGGGCUGUACUCUCUCUCCGUAAGAGCCAAAGACUCUGUCAAGCAUUUUCAUGUUGAAUAUACUGGAUAUUCAUUUAAAUUUGGUUUUAAUGAAUUCUCAUCUUUGAAGGAUUUUGUCAAGCAUUUUGCAAACCAGCCUCUGAUUGGAAGCGAAACAGGCACUCUGAUUGUUCUGAAACAUCCCUAUCCAAGAAAAGUGGAGGAACCUUCCAUUUAUGAAUCCGUCCGUGUUCACACAGCAAUGCAGACAGGAAGAACGGAAAAUGACCUCGUGCCCACGGCUCCUUCUCUGGGCACCAAAGAAGGUUACCUCAUCAAACAGGGGGGCCUGGUCAAGACAUGGAAAACAAGAUGGUUCACUUUGCAUAGGAAUGAACUGAAAUAUUUCAAAGACCAAAUGUCACCAGAACCAAUUCGGAUCCUAGACUUAACAGAAUGUUCAGCUGUACAAUUUGAUUACUCACAGGAAAGAGUAAACUGUUUUUGCUUAGUAUUUCCAUUCAGGACCUUUUAUCUCUGUGCAAAGACAGGAGUAGAAGCUGAUGAGUGGAUCAAGAUAUUACGCUGGAAAUUGUCACAAAUAAGAAAACAGCUAGACCAAGGAGAAGCCACCAUCCGAUCUCAGUCCUUCAUCUUUAAAUAGACCUUUCCUGACAUGGGAGGCCCUGCCCCAGAAGCAGAGUGGAAUACUCCCCGAUGCUGUGAUCAGCAUCAGCCUUUGGAGGAAAGCUGACUCAGGACUUUUCUUUAAAAACAAAACAAAAGCAGAUGCUGAUUGGGACCUUUCAGAAUAUAUCAUAUUUUCUGUCUCAUGGAAAACUGCUGCCCUUCCAAGAUGUGGUCUUCUCCUUGAGAAUAAUACUGAAGAAACCAUUGUUCUCCUAGAAACUGGUUAGACCACCACUUCCAGACCUGUUCACAUUUAGAACAUGUGCUUUUGUUUUCACUCAUUGUGGUCCCUAAGCUUUUUGACAUUAGUUGCCUGGAGUUCUACUCUGUGUCAUGGUCAAUUCAUUUGACAUCAGCUCAGAAAGAAAUAGCUGUAUACUUUGAGGUAUAGAAGCUUUAGAAUGCGUCUUCAGAAAAGAUAUUGAGCAGCAACAUCAAAGUUUGGGGGCCAGAGGAGGCAGGAUAGUGUUUGUUUUUGUUUUUAUUUCUCUUUUUAUAAAAAACAAAAACAGUUUCCAAAACUAAAAUGGAAAAUGCUUGCAGUAUUUAUUUUCUCUUUUUAAAAGGCUCAGAUAGUGGAUCCUUUACUUGUAAUGAUAAACCCAUGGGAACUAAUUGUUUUGUGGGCGAUUAUCAGGACAUUAAAGAUGAAUGAAGGUAAAAUUUUAAAUACAUCUCUUUUAACCAUUUUUGGGAAAUGUUUUAAAGAGUGAGGAAACAUAAAUUGAGGGAGGAUAAUAAAGUAGCAGAUAACUUGUAAUUAAAUAGUACUACUAAUAAUAGUAGAUCACUUGAAAGCAGUAAGUUAUCUUCAUUUGACAUUUCUCCAAACAGAUUGAAAGAGACUUCUCAAGGAAGUGUUAUAACAACAAUCCCUCCCCCUCUCCCAGAGUUAGCUGUUGUGUUGCACCAAGAGAUGUUCAGAUCACCUUGCCCUGAGACUGCUCAGAGUCCUGCACCUAUAGAGCAAUUUCUGUUGCCAGUUGGGGGAGUAACACUAAAGCCACAUGAAACAUACAACAGAGUGUUACACAGAAUUUCCUAACUAGAUUGAUAAAGAGGAAUGAGUUACUAGUGUCUAGAGCUAAAAAAAAAAAAAAAAGAGAGAGAGAGAAAAUAUUCUAA